AUGAAAACUCGUAAAUUAUAUGGCUUAUUAAAGAAGACGUAUUAUGAAAAAAAAAAAAAUCCCAUUCUUUAUUUCUUUUUUUUGUUAAUACCCUUUUCUUUAAUUCUUUUUCACUUAUUUUUGAGGAACUUAAGUGAGAAGUACUCCUUUGAACUAGCUAACCUUUUUUCGGAAAAUGACAAGAUCGAUUUAAACGACACCAUAAGGCAAUAUGUAUUGUUUAUGAGCAAUGAUUUGUGCUCAAAGGAAAUAAAUGAUACAUUAUAUGUGAAUCAUAUAUGCCUUACACCGCCUUCCAAAAUUAUAAACGAUUUUAUGACAUACACCAAUGAAAAUGAUAUGAAUAUUUUUCGAAUAUAUAAUACCGAAGAAGAAUGUGAAAAAAAUUUUAAAUAUGCAAUAUUUCUUAAUGAAAAUGAUGUAAAGGAUUUGAAAGAAAAAAAAGAAAAAAAUAACAUCAAGCCAAGUUAUCAAUCUAUUCAAUUUAAUAAACAACUAUUAAAUAAUUUUAAAAACAAAAUAACAAACAAUUAUAAUGAUGACAAUAAUGAACUUACUAUUGAUGAUUUAUAUAAAAAUAUAUAUUCAGAUAAAGAAUAUGAAAAAUUAGCAAAAUUAAAAAUAGACCAGCAUACAAUAAAUACGAUUAAAAAAACGAAAUUGUACAAAAAAUAUAUAAAAAACAUUAGAAGUAUAAAAAAUGAAAAUCAGUAUAAAGAAUUUGUAAAGGAUAAAAGAAAUGUUUUAUUUUUUCAUAACUUUGUGAAAAAUGAAGUGGUAGAAACAAAUUACUCAUGUGGGUUAUUAGGUAUUGAAAAUCUUAAAUAUGAAGUAAAAGAAAAUGACAAAAAAAAGAAACCAACAUUAUUGUUUCCAAAUAUUGUUGGGAGAUAUUUAAAUAAGUUAUAUGAUAAUGAACAAAUAGAUCAUACUAAAAAGCUCAACGAUCAAAACAUAACGAACUUGUCAAUAACACCGAAAUUAAGCUCAACAGAUUAUACACAUAAAAAUAGCUUCAGAUUGAAUAAACAGGGUAAUGACAACAUAAAGAGUGCUGAAAAUGACAAUCUUAAUUUCAAUAAUGAUGAGCCUAUAUCAAAUAUAAGAUAUAAAAUUAGAGUAGGGGAUUAUGCACUAUUAAAUUCAAAUGAGAAACUAUUUUUCAAUGAUAUUAAUAUAAACUUAAAACAGAAUUUUAUAAAUUUUAACACUGUUGAUGAUUUAUCGUUUAACAUAUAUUUUAAUGAAUGGUAUUACAAUAGCUUUUUUAUGGCUCUUGAAUAUCAUUUUAAUUAUUUUCUUUUGAAGUAUAAUAAGUUUAAAGAUAAUAAAAAUGACGAUUUAGAAAAUGAUAUUAUCAAUAAAAGUAGUAUACAGUCACAAGAUGAACCAAGUGAUGAUGUAAAAUAUAUUACAAACUUUUCGGUUGAAAAUUUUUAUUCAUAUAAAAUGCCUUUGAAGAAUUUAAAGAUUAAUGCAUUUGAUGCUCUAGAAAAAAAUAUAUUUAGAAUUAUUGUUUUUUUAUGUAUUUGUUUAUUUAUAGUAAAUAUUUGUUUUGAUAUAAAUAAGGAACGAAAGAUAAAUAUGGAGAAUUUUUUGUUUUGUAUAAAAGUAAAUAAAUAUUAUUAUUUUUUUUCAUGGUUAUUAUUUUAUUUUAUAGUGUUGUUUUUUUAUAAUAUAAUAUUUACAUAUAUAAUAUAUUUGUAUAUAUUUAAAAAAUUAAUGAAUUAUUUCAUUUUAUUUUAUUAUAUUUAUAUGUUUAUAAUGAAUAGUUUAUUAGUUACAGUAAUAUGUGUCCAUUUUUCAUAUAAUAGUGCAAUUAAUUAUAUAGCGUCAUUUUUGUUGUUUUUUCUUUUCUCUACAUUUCGUUUAAUUAUUCAUUCGGGGGCAAACAAAUCUUUGAUUUCAUUAGUUUUAUUGAUUCCCCAUUCUUCAUUUUGUUUAGCAUUAGAUUUUAUUUUUAUAUUAAUUAAAAAUGAUAUAAAAAUAGGAUUUAAUGAAAUGUUCAUAACUAUAGAAGAUAUAUGUUUGAUGGACCUUACUAUAUAUCCAUUUAUUUCGUUCAUUAUGUUAGUAUCUAUAUUAACACUUAUUAUAUAUAUCAAGAGCAAUGACACAAUCAGUUUCAGUUUCAAGAUGGUUCCUUUAACGAAGAAGAAAAAUAUGCAUCAAAAAAACAAUAACACCAAAAUGUUAGCAGAUAGUAAAACGGAAGAUAAUUUAUAUAAUUUAGAAUUUGAUUCAGAGAGUACAAAUCCAAAUAAUAAAUCUAUAAGUAAGAAAAAUGCAUCUAUCAAUCAAUUAUAUAGGACCGGGAAAAAUGCACUAUCUAUAAACAAAAAACAUAAAUUUAUCAGAACGGCUUAUAAUAACGAUGAAGAAGCAAUUGCAAAUAAUAAGUGCUGCUUAUUUAUUAAAAAUGUAAACAAAUUUUAUGGAAAAAAACAAGCAUUAAAAAAUAUUUCCUUAACAUUGAGAAGCAAUCAAAUUUUUGUUUUAUUGGGAGAAAACGGAUCCGGAAAAUCCACUCUUAUAAAUAUAAUUACAAAGAUGAUAACUAAAGAUAGCGGAGAAAUAUCAUUUGUUAAAAAUAAUUUUAAACUAACAAAAAAGAAACGAGAAAAACAACGACAUAACGAAGCAAUAUCCAUAGACACAAUGCCAAACACAUCAAAAGGUAUGCACAAUAAUAAAUAUAAAAAAAAAUCAAAUGAAAACGAUGAUUUAACAGAUAGUACCUCUCUAAAUAGUAGUACAUCAGAAACAAAAUAUAAAUUAAAUAAAUUUAAAAAUAUUAAUGCAAUAAAAAAUCAAAGUAAAAAAGCACUAGAAAUCAGUUUUUGCAGUCAAAAUGUAAUAUUAUAUGAUAAUUUAACAUUUUAUGAAAUUAUUAAAGUAUUUUUAUUAUAUUAUAAUAAAGAUGUUAAUAAAUAUUUAAAAAAGAAAAGAACAUUAAAAAUGUUAAACGGGUUAGAUUUAUCUAAAUAUUUAAAUGAUAAAAUAAAAAAUUUAAUAGAUGAAAUAAAAAAGAAAAUAUCAAUAUUUAUAUGCUUUCUUGUAAAACGAGAUAUAUACAUUUUGGAUGAGCCAUUUAUAGCUUUAGACAUAAAAACAAAAACAAAAUUAUUCAAAUUUUUUGAUAAAAUCAAAAAAGAUAAUAUUAUUUUAAUAUGUACUCAUGAUAUUUAUGAAGCCAAUAAAUUCGCAGAUGAUAUAGCUGUUAUUAAAAGUGGUGAAAUUGUAUUUAAUGGCACAAAACGUUAUUUUCAAAAUAUAAUAAAUUAUAAAUUUAUUCUUAAUGUUAGAUUCAAUUCCCCUUUAUGUGAUAAUAAUAGUAAAUAUGAUAAUAUCUCAAUAAAUGAAAAUAAUGUUAUUUCAUCAAUUUCAAAAGAAAUUAACAAAACUAGUGAAAAUUUCAACCCUUCAUUUGGAUAUGAAGAUAGUGUAUCGUCUGAUAAAAAAAAUAAAAAAUCCAAAGAUAAGUCAAGAAAUACAAUUUUUGAUUUAAUUAAUGGGGAUAUAAAAAAUGACGAAGAUAGUAUAGAAUCAAUAAAAAGCAGUUUUAUAAAAUAUAUAAAAAGUUCAAGAGAAUAUAAUAAAAAUUGUUACAUAUUUUUUAAUAGAAAUUAUAUUUAUUGUACCUAUAAAAUAAAUGAAUUAGAUAAGCUAAAGAGUGUAAUAUCAAUUUUAAACAAACUCAAAAAUGUAUUACACUAUGAAUUAAAAACUAUAGAUAUAUAUUAUACAUAUAUUUAUAUAUAUACAUACAAUGAAAAAAUAAAAUUAUUAAAAACUAUUCAAGAUAGAGGGGUUAAAAAAUUAAUUAAAAUGGAUCCACUUUUUUAUAUGUUUUAUUAUAAUACUCAAUAUUUUAAUAAUAUAAAAAAUCAAUUAAUUAUGGAAAGUAAAAAGAAAGGAAAUAAAUCGAUUACUGAUUUUGGAUAUCUAAAUGAUAUUAUUUUAGGAAAAAAAAACAAAAGUAAUACUACAUUUAUAGAAAACAAUUUAAAUAUACCAAAUAAUGUUAAUUUUGUGAAUGAUAACAAAUUAAAUAAAACCGCAGAUAGCCAAUUAGAACAAGAAGAAUAUAUAGAGAAUAACAGCCAUUACAACAAAAAUAAUGACAAAUAUGAAGUUAACAAAUUAAAUAUGGAAAAUUCAGAAAUCUAUAAUAAUUAUGAUGAUUCAAACUAUUAUAAAAUAAUAAAAAAAAUACAAAAUUUUUUUUCAGUAUAUAUUACUCCUUCAGUAUUUUUAAAAUUGAAAAAAGAUUUAUCAGAUAUGAAUUUUUAUUGGUAUAAAUUUCUUGUCCCACUUUUAUUAUUAUCAUGUGGUUUACUUAUAAUUAAAUGCGUAUCCCUUUUUGGUAAAGUCCAAUAUAUCGAAUUAGAUAAUUCAACAAUUUCAUCUAGCCAUUUAAGAGAAAGUAUAAUAAAUUAUGGAAUUAUAUAUAAACUUAAAAUAGAUGACAGUGAUGAAUAUAUAUAUCAAUUUUCUGAAGUAGAUGAAUAUGAACGCAAAAGAAAAUUUUUAACCGGGCCAUUCAAAAAGUAUUUCAAUCUUUAUGAAGAAAAUAAAAAUAAUAAUUAUAUAAAAAAUAAGGCUACAAAUUUUGAUCAGCCAAAUGAUAUUUAUAAUAAUAGGGGAAGACAAUUAUUCAAUUAUUAUAAUAAUACACUUUUUAUGCUUUUUAAAAAAUAUUCUUUAAAAGAAAAUAUAAACUAUAUAUCUGUCUCUAUUAAUGAAGAUACUUUAUAUGAUGAUAUUAGUGCAUAUUUGGAAUUGAAAACAAAAUUAGAUAAUGAUUUAUCUUUAGGAACUUAUGUGAUUGUAAUUAACGAAACUCAAAAUACUCGUGAAAAUAAUAAUGUUCAAACAAAUAUAGAAAUGGAUGUAAAUUUAUUUCAUAACUACACAUCCAUUCAUUCCUAUCCAUACUACACUAAUUUAGUUUUUAAUGUUUUAUAUGAUUUUCAAAAUAUGGUAAAUAACAGAAAUAGUCAGCAAGAAAAUGUUAUUAGUGGCAUCGAAAUAAAUAACAAAAACAUUCAUGGGGUGAGACAAAAGGAAAAAUACAACAAAAAUGUGAAUAAUGAUGAAAUACAUACAAAGAAAACUGUUAUAAAGAAUGAACCGUUCAGAAUAAAAUAUCAUGAAUAUUUUAUUAGAGACUUUUAUAUAAAUAUGUACAUAUUUUUAUCAGUAAUAAUAUUUUUUUGCGUAUUUUUUGAAAGAUUAAAAAAUGAAAUUGAAAAUAAGAAGAUUUUUACCAAUUUUGAUGUGAAUAAAUUUAUACAUUAUUUCCAAAUAAUAAUAUUAGAUUAUUUUUAUUUUAUAUUAUAUAUAAUAUUUUUAUUUAUAGUAUUAUAUAUAUUUGGAUGUACUGAGUUUUUAUAUCCUUCCUUUUUCUUUUUCCUUAUGAUGUUUGGCUUUAAUACAUUUUUAUCUAUAAGUUUAUUUUCAUCAUUAUAUUUAAAUAGUUAUAUUCUUUUUUUGUUUGUUAAUUUUAUAUUAUGUGCAAUAAUUAGUAUAGGUAUAUAUGUUAUAGUUCUUUUAUCGUAUGCAUAUAAUAAUGCAUUUUUAGUUAAAUUGUCUCAUGUAUUUAUAUGCAUAUUCAGAAUAUUAGAUUCCUUUUGUUUAUCUCACGCCCUAAACAUUAGAAGCUUGUGUUUAAAUUUAAAGAGGGACAUGAAGACGAUUGAUGCCGAUACCAUGAUUAACACUCAACUCGAUUACACCCAAUGGGAUUCUACCAAAUAUCAGCAAAAUACAAAUUUUUUCAAGAAAAUCUUUCAAAACAAUUUUGUUGGCGAUGCACCCAAUGACAAUACCCAAGCAUUUCCAGAUGCUUGCUCAAAUGAAAACUCAUUUUUUAGCGAGAAAUGGGAUUUUAUAUUUAUAUUUAUAAACUGUUCCAUAUAUUUUAUACUAUUACUUUAUAAAUUAUAUAGAUUAAAAUAUUUCCAAAAAAAAAAGAAAAUGGCAAACGAUAAAUUACAAUCUACAUUUGGAGGCAAAUAUGCAUUUUUAUUAAACAAUUUUAACGUACUCAAUAAAAAAUAUAAAAAUAAAAAAAACAUAAAUGAACAUAAUACAGAAUUAAACACAUUAGAAGACGAAAACAAUAAGGAUUCCGAAUUGGUUCCCCCCCCUUUUUCGGGAAAUGAUACACAUAAAGAAAAAACUUAUGCAAUUAACAAACAUGAAAAUCCUGAAAAUUUAGAAAAUAAAAAUUCAGUAAAAGAAAAUUUUAAAAAACGUCGAAAUGAUUUACAACUAAUUGAAGCAGAAAAUAUGGAUAAAAUAUCGUCACAAAAUAAUAUUAAAUAUAUAUUGAAAAAUAUAAAUAUAAAAAUUAAGCCCUAUAAUAUAUAUACAUUUUCUUCAGUGUAUAACAACGACUUGAAUGUGCUUUAUUUAUUCAAAUAUUUUUUCCUCAAUAAUAUGAAUAAUAGUUAUGUAUACGAAAAUGGUACAGAAAAUAAUAGAGGCUGUUUUAUUAGUAAAAUGUUUACUAGCAAAAAUAAAAAGAAAAAAUUAUUUGAUAUAUUUUCAGAGAAAGCACAAAAAAGAAGCGAAAAUGAAUGCAAAUUAUCAUUAAUACCAAAUAUGACAAUAUACGAACAUUUUAAUUUAAUUUUCAAAUAUAAAAAAUUAAAUUUAACAGAUACCGAGUUAUUAUAUAUUAUUUAUACACUUAUGUUGUUAGUAAACUUAAAAUGUGAUUUACAUAUAAAAUGUAGCCAGCUUAGUGGAGGUAUGAAGAAAAAAGUGAUUUUAAUGAUAAACUUAUUAAGAAAUGAUGAUAUUAUUUUAUUAUAUAAAUUAAAUGAUAACAUUGAUUUCUGUUCUCAAAUUUAUAUAAAUAUUAUUUUAAAAAAUAUACUUGAAAUAAAUUCAAUGGAUAAUUAUAUUCAAAAUGAUGAACUAGCUAGUAUUAUGGAUUAUAGUGUAAUAGAUAUGAAUGAGAAAAAAAAUAAAAAUGGAAAACGUGCCAUUACAAAUAGUGCAAAAGAAAUGAAAAAUGGCUAUAGUUCAAACAAGAUAAAUAGUAAUGAUAAAAAUAAUGGAGAAACAAAUGGUGUGGCAGAAACAGGAAAUGAAGAAAAUUUAGAAUGCUCAAUAUCAUCAAAUGUAACUAGUAUAAAUCACAAUGUUAUUAACAAUUUUAUAAAAGAAAAUGUUUUAAAACUCCGAUUUUCUGCAAAGAAUUAUAUAGUUUAUACUCACAUAUAUACAGAUAUAUUAUAUUAUGAUUAUUUAUAUUUAUUUAAUAAAAAUCAAAUUGCUUAUAAAAAUAAUGUAAAAAAUAUAAUUAAAAAUUUUGAAAAAUAUUAUUUAUUCCAAAUAAAAUUAAAAGGAAUAUAUGCAACCAAAAUAUAUGAAUAUAUAGAAGCAUUCUUUUCAGAAAAUAAUAAAGCAUUUAAUAAAUUUAUAAAAGUAGUAAACAAAUUUAAUAAAAAAAAAGACAUAAAUUACAAUGAUGUAGAACCUGAUUCGAUGUUGAAAUUCCUUGAAAAAUAUGCAAAUAAGGGUAUGCUAAAUUAUAAUAAAAUCUGUUAUAUUUUUAAAACGAAAAAACGAAAGAGUGGACAAACAAAUGAUCAAGAACUUGUUUACCAGAAUGGAAAAAAUAAAGCUUUGAUAAAAUAUUCAAAAAUUUAUAAAACAUUGAUUAAAUUGAUUGAUAAUAAGUUUUCUUAUGUUAAUUUAUAUUUGAACAGAAAUAAAUAUAUAUCCGUUUUCGAAUUAUUUAAAUUUGCAUUAUCUCGAAUAGCAUAUAAAGAUAUACGAAAAUUUUUCAUACAAUACAAAAAUAUUAAAAUUCUUUCCUCUGAAAUCAUUAAAUCAGAUCAAUAUAACUUUGUAGUUAAAAUGUUGGAAAAUGCUCAUACAUUCAAGCUAUUAGAAAUAAACGAGAAACUCAAAUUUACCGACACUGAAGUCCAAGUUAGCAACGUUAAUCUCGACAACCUCAGUGCAAAUGAUAUCUUCCUGUUGAUUUUGAAAACAUGA